GUUAUCAAAUUUUAAUUAUUAUAUUAAACUUGUUUACAGGUACUUCUGUAUAUACUGUACUAUUAUUGUUAAUGACUGAUAAUUAUGAUAAUUAGUUAAUAAAUGAGUAAAUUCAAGUCAAACUCCCAAAGUAUAUUUUUAUUUAAUUGAUAGAGAAAGUAUAAUCAAACUGCGACUUAGAAACAUCAUUACCAUUUUAUUAUUUAGAUUGCAACUAAAAAUAUUCGUAUACUCUUGAUAUUCGUUAAAUAUAAGUAAACCACUCAUGGAUCAAAUCGCCGAAGUUGCAAAAACUUUGUCUCAUGAUGAUCUUAUUGAAGUUAGCAAAUCAUCACUUCAAACUUUCUUGAGUUCCGAUUCCUUACUAUCUGAUUUACCGCCUGACAUUUUACUGGAAGAGAUCAAUUCGUUGAUAGCUGUAGAACAUGGUCAAUCUAUCACAUUAUAUGUUUUAAGAGAAAAUGAACAACCUUUGAAAGUUAUUGUUCCCCAAAAUACAACAGUACGAGAUCUAAAAAAAGCCAUUGCAAGACAUUUUCAGUUACACCAGAACAGAAUCGGAAAUAAAGUGAAAAUAUCGUGGAAAUAUAUUUGGAAAACUUAUAAUUUAAAUUUUGAUAGCUUGAUUCUUGACGAUGAUAACAGUAAUAUAGCUAAUUAUGGAGUAACAAAUAAAGUUACCUUAACAUUUAAGAAGAAAAGAAAAAAUCAAAAAUUUUAACUAUA